AUGGCUGUGGCUAUGGUGGUGAUGCUGCGAGGGGGUCUCCUGCCCCAGGCAGGCCAGCUGCCUGCCCUCCAGACUGUCUGCUAUGGCUCCAAGGCUGUUACCUGUCACCAUCGUGUGAUGCACUUUCGGCAACAGAAGCUGAUUGCUGUGACUGAAUAUAUCCCCCAGACACCAGCCGUCAACCCAACAUGUCUGCCAUCUCCUCCCGGCCCCCAACAGGAGGAGAGGGGCCUCAUCAGGCUUCUCCACCAGAAGUUAGCAGCAGUUUUCCAGGACAACGAAAUGAUAACUGUUUGCCAGAAGGUGGCUCUGAGCACAGAGGACAAGCUUCUUAUGCAACACCAGCUGCGGAAAUGCAAGAUCCUGAUGAAGGUCUUCCCCAACCAGGUACCGAAGCCCUUCCUGGAGGAUUUCAAGUGCCAAAAUCUGCUGCCCCUUUCUGUGGGGCACAACGUACUGCUGGUCAGUGAAGAACCCAGGGUCAAGGAGAUGGUCCGGAUCUUAAGGACUGUGUCAUUCCUGCCGCUGCUUGGUCGCUGCAUCAGUGACACCAUCCUCAGCAGGCAGGGCAUUAUCAACUACUCCAAUCUCCCCAGCCUGCCCCUGGCACGGGGGGAGCUUGUAGUAGGCCUCAUCCGCCUCACCGCCCAGACCCACUCCCUGCUCCAGCACCAGCCCCUGCAGCUGACCACCCUGUUGAACCAGUACAUCUGACAGCAACGCGAGAAGGAUUCUGUUUUGUCAGUCAAUGGGAAGCCAGAUCAUCCUGACCCUGUUCCGGACUCUUACCCAACCUGGUUAGCCAGCCCUGCCCAUAAAUACACUGUCCGAUUGGCUGUGCUGUCUACCAUGGGAGAUGUGGAAGAACUUGGGGUGGGGGAGUGCGUUUGUCACUGGGCUUUAC